AUGUAACCCUAGCUGCUUAGCAGCUUCCGGCUCCAGAUGCUUGUGGCCCCGUCUCUUCCGGCAUGCACUGGUAAUGGCGCAAGGACAGCGUAAGUUCCAGGCGCGGAAACCAAAGAGCAACACCCAGGGGGAGCGAAGCCGUAGACCAAGGAAAGGCGGUCAGAUCAUCGCCCCCAAGAAAGCGCGCGUGGUGCAGCAGCAAAAGCUAAAGAAGAGCCUCGAGGUGGGAAUCCGGAAGAAGAUUGAGCAUGAUGUAGUGAUGAAGGCCAGCUCCAGCCUUCCCAAGAAGCUGGCACUGCUGAAAGGGGUGGCAAAGAAGAGGGGGGCCGCUACCUCCAACAAGAUGCCUUCCUAAAGACUGGGGCCCUGCAGAUGACCCCUAGGGAGGACUGCUCCUUGGGGAAGGACAGUAGGCAAGCAGUGAUCAAUCUGAAGGCACACGUCGACCCCAGGGUAUUCUGGGGGCACUCUACUUCCUCUGGCACAGAUCCUAUCACCACAGAAUAAACCUAGCACUGUUGUCCUUCC